AUGUCAAAUAAAGCUCCCAUUUUUCCUAUACCAGAACCUCAACACUUUAGUAACUACAGCUUUGACCCUCAAAUAAACUAUUUUCAGGUUUUGGAAGAAGCCAAGAAUUACAAGGAGAGUUUAACAUCCAUAGAUACGCUGCACUUUAAGCUUCAACAACCAAUUUCCACUGAUGAAAAUAUUGAACAUUCCCAAAAGAAGAUCAAGAAGAACAAAAUGCGGUGGUGGAGGAAUGCCUUGCUCCUUUUCAAGUGGAACAAAUGGGCUCCACCUGGCGGCGGAGCUCCCACCGCCUCUGGCAGUUGCAAUAAUAUCAGUCACCUGGGGCGCCAUCGCAUAGGAUCAAUAUCUGGUCCUGUGUACAUUACUGAGAGCAGAAGUGGGUCUACCACGCCUUACCGGAUCACCACAAGCCGGCCGUCCUCGGGUCCACUCGCCGGGAGUUUGAGUAAAGAUGAGGUGGAGAUCCCUUACCUUAACCUCAGGGAGCUUAACAACCACCACAAUAGGAUUUCAACCUCAUUCGUGCCCAUCUAUAUGGUCACGUAA